CUCUCAUUCCUGGAUGUGUGUGCACGCGCGCCUCUGCCUCGUACCGUAUGAUCGUCUGAUACACCGUGGGAUGUGACAGCAGGGCCUCGGUGGAGGAAGUGACAUGAUAACAUAACGGCCCGUGGGCUCCACCGUUCCCUGGUCCGUUUGUCCGUGUGCUCCGUGGAACCGCCAUGCCGCCGCAGCGUGUGUUCGCCCUGCCGCGGCAGCAGUCCCUGCUCCUGCCGGCGGUCAUCAACCCGUUUGUCCAAGACACAAAGCUGACCAAAGCAGCUAUCCUGAAAUGUGUCCUCCUGGGUAUCUUCCUGGUCCCUGUUCGUGCCAUCCUUGCAUCUCUGGUUCUCAUGGUGACAUGGCCAGUGGCAGUUAUAAUAACCUUCAAGUAUCCUCUGAAAGGAGCCGUGGAACCCAUGACAGGCUGGAGACGGUUUUUGUGCCAGAAUGUGAUGGCGGCCUUGGGGAGGGCCUACUACUUCUGCAUGGGCUUCAGAGUGGUGGUGAAGGGGAAGCAGGUCGGCAGCAGCGAGGCCCCCAUCCUGGCUGUGGCCCCUCACUCCACCUUUUUCGACGGGAUCGUUUGCAUCGUAGCGGGUCUGCCCUCCACCGUGUCCCGUGUGGAGAACCUGGCCACGCCCAUCUUUGGCAGAUUUGUGCGCUGUCUUCAACCAGUGUUGGUGUCCAGAAAGGAUCCAGACUCCAGGAAAAAUACAAUACAAGAGAUUGACAGCCGAGCCAAGUCUGGAGGCCACUGGCCACAGGUUCUUAUAUUUCCUGAGGGAACGUGCACGAAUCGCUCAUGUCUAAUCACUUUCAAACAAGGUGCCUUUAUACCAGGGGUCCCUGUUCAGCCUGUGCUUAUGAGAUAUCCCAACAAGCUGGAUACAGUUACUUGGACGUGGCAGGGUUUCAGCUCGAGGACUCUGCUGCUUCUUACACUGUCCCAGCUGUACACCACAGUAGAGAUAGAGUUCCUGCCACCACAUAUCCCCACAGAGGAGGAGAAAAAAAGCCCUGCCCUGUUUGCAAGUAGAGUACGAGACACUAUGGCCCAGGCUUUGGGAGUUCCAGUGACAGACCACACCUAUGAAGACUGUCGUCUCAUGAUCUCUGCUGGAGAGUUAACGCUGCCAAUGGAGGCUGGGCUGGUGGAGUUCACCAAAAUUAGCCGCAAACUCAAUCUGAAAUGGGACAACCUGAGGAAGGAGCUGGAGGGAUUCGCAGCCAUGGCCAACUCCUGCAAGGGAGGACGGAUUACCAUUGAGGAGUUUGCGAGGUUUCUGAAGCUACCAGUGAACCCAGCCCUUGAAGAGCUGUUUGCACUGUUUGACAGGAACGGCGACGGCACCAUAGACUUCAGAGAGUAUGUUAUCGGAGUGACCAUCUUGUGUCGGCCAGCAAAUACAGAAGACGUUCUUCGAAUGGCUUUUCAGUUGUUCGACGUAGAUGACGAUGAGAAAAUCACCCGAGAGGAAUUUACUGCUCUGCUGCGUUCUGCUUUGGGUGUGUCAGAUCUGAACAUGUCCAAGCUCUUCAAGGACAUUGAUGCUGACGGCUCUGGCUUCAUCACCUUCAGUGAAUUUCAAGCCUUUGCUACGACCCAUCCGGAGUACGCCAAGCUGUUUACCACGUAUCUGGAGCUACAGAGAUACCAAGCAAUUCAGGAAGCGACCCCAGGCGAUUUGGAAUUGACUGGACAAACCAUUUCAGAGGAAAACUUGGAAGACAGCACCUCUGACAAGAAAGAUGACUGAAAUUAAAGUCUGCGCCAUAGGACUGGACCCUGUACUGCACUGAGAAGGCACAUGCAAGAGAUGUCAUCUGCCCUCAUGAUUUUAAGCAAAUUUCAAUCCUUUACCACAGUGGAGUCAUAUGAUAAGCUCUGCUGUAUGCUUUAAUUUUUUUUUUUUUAUAGACAUGGUUUUUAGAGUGCUUCUGCUUUCAAUUUUAGUGCCUUAUAGAGAUUUGAAAUGGCAACUUCCGUAAGUUGCUGCGUAAGAAACAUCUUACUGCAGUUUUAGUUUGAGCAAAUGUGUAUUUUGGCCUCAUGUUAAUUAGAAAGAAAUGGAAAAAAAAAAAGACAUAGCAUAAAAAAAAUCUCAUUCAUUGAAUCAACCUUCAUUUUACUUCCGAUAUUAAUGACUGUGUUUGACUUGUUUUCCCGAUGCUCGUAAACUGCCUCGACAUAUUGACGUCACCCUGUAGAUGAAUGGAGCUCUGUGCACCUUCUCCUUUGUCUUUGUGUCUUCUGAAAAUAAGUGAGAAAAUUGCCAAAAUCAACACAUUUUUAAGUAUAAGCAAAAAGUCCUUGUGUUUUGUGUGUUGCAGUAUAAUUAGUGUACAGUAAGCUUUAUUAAGAUCUAUCCAGUUGGUAUCCUAGCAAUGCUGUGUGUUAAAGCUAUGUCUGCGAAGAGCAUACAUGCUGUGCAUUACACUUUUUUCCAGCGCUCAGGGACACAGACCUUGUAAGACGGCUGUAUAAUUAGCCAGAGGUUUGCUUUGCAUGUGUAUCUAUUUGCAUUUCUACUGAAGAUCGUUGUUGCUGAGACAGCAACACAUCUACACAGCUUUAAGUUUACUAAAGCAAAUCUACUACUGAAAAAUAGGGCAAUUUGUGAGCAAAAAGGCAGCGGUUCUUCAGAACAGCACAUUCCUGCAGGGUUUGCUUUCAGAUUACCUACUGGCACAGUUUAUUUAGGGGGGUGCAUUGCAAUUAUGUGAUUAUUUUAUCUUUUUUGUUAACACUGCAGAGUUUGCUUUUAAAAUAAAACAAGAAUACAAUUUUAUCUCCUGCUCGACUUGUGUAUGAAUAUUUCACCAGUGAAAGAACUUGAGUUUACAGACUUUUUUAGUAAUGAGACAUAAAUGCAACGAACAUGUUACUGCGUCCCCUCUUGUUCUCUAAACCACCACCAGGUGCCAGCAGUUACCUAUGACUAUUCUAUUGUGUGUUUGUGUGUAUUUCUGUUCACAUGCUUGUGAUACUAUUAACUUUUAGACUUCUGGUCCUUUAUUAAUUUCAGUCAAGGGAUAUAAGGUUAAAUAAAAUUAAGUUGUUUAUUGGUAGCACAAGUAUGCACAUCUACUUAAUCUAUACUGCAAAUUAUACAAUAAAACAUGGUGAUAGGUGGUUAUUUGACAUGUGCUUUUUGUUUUUUCAGUUGAUGUGGGGUAAGCACUCCAAACAGAAUGAUCUGAAAACAGUCAUUAAAUGUGCAGAGUCACAGUUAUAUCUGUUAUAUUGAAUCAUGUCUGUGAACAUGGGGCAGGAAGUGAAGCAUAAUUUGAAGGAUUGUUUUACACCUUCAUUCUGAGAAAAUAAAGCAAAUCUUUAAUUUUAAGCAAAGAAAAUAGUUCAAGAUUUAUAUUUUCUGCUUAAAGCACCUUGGUGGUGUCUUAAAGAAAAAAAUGUUGUGCUAUAAUUACUUGAGUUGUCAGUGUAACAGGUGUGUCCUUUAUGUUUGGCUUCUGUGUGACCCAGCCAACCAGUCUGACUUAUAUUACUUGUAAAUCCAAUUUAUCAAGAAUAAAUAAAUAAAUA